AUGCUUUCCAUCAACAUUCCAAAGCAUGCUACGCCCGAUCAGUAUGAAUUGGGCGAAGUUCCUUCCCUUGCCGUAGAACGCCCAACCGAUAUCUUAAUUAAAGUCCAUGCUGCGAGUGUCAACCCGAUCGACGUCAAGAAAGCGGCGGGGGCAACCAAAGCUGUUCUCAAGGACAGCUUUCCAUACAAAAUCGGCUAUGAUUGCGCGGGCACAGUCUUGGAUACCGGAUCCCAAGUGACACGAUUUAAAGCUGGCGAUGAAGUUUUUGUUAGAUUGCCAGAAUGUCAUCGGGGAUCGUGGAGUGAGCUGGCAAGGUCAACUGAAGACUUUGUUGCAUUGAAACCGAGCACUAUCUCGAUGGAAGAUGCUGCCUCCAUUCCUUUGGCGUGCAUGACGGCACUCCAGGCGCUUCGGGGUUACGAAGGGAAUCUCCAAGGAAAGACUGUCUUUAUACCUGCCGGUUUGGGUGGGACUGGUAUAUUCGCAUGUCAACUAGCGAAGAAUAUUUUCAAGGCUGGCAAGGUAAUUACCACGGUCUCCACCAGCAAAGUGGAAAAAGUGAAGGAGCUCUUAGGCGAAGGGGUCGUUGAUGAAAUCAUUGACUAUAAGAAGUCUGAUCCUAUGACUGUGAUUCCCUCGCGAUCCGUGGAUUUCAUUUUUGACACCACAGGGAGUGCGAUGGAGUAUCUAUCAUUGGUGCGCCCGAAGGGAGCCAUUGUUACAGUUUCCAUACUCACCUCGGGGGACGUGCUCCAAAAUUCUAGCGUUAUGCGACGAUCGCCUGGCAAGCAAGACAAGGUGACUGUGCCCUUCCCAAUCCGCACAGCUCUGAACGUUAUGGACUGGACCCGAAGGGCGCGUGCAUCUCGCUACGGGGUCAAGUAUUCAUCUAUCUUUUUGGAACCAAACGCGACCGAUUUGAACUCCAUCCGAGAAUGGGUGGAAACAGGAAAGAUGAGAACGAUCGUGGGAACAAAAGCGCACUUCAAGGACCUUACGGCGGUCCGUGAUGCAUGUCAAGUGGUAUAUGAUGGGAAAGGGGGCAUUGGAAAAUCCGUUAUUGUGUUCGUUUGA